AUGAACAUCGCCAUUAUACAUCCAGAUCUUGGAAUAGGUGGAGCAGAGAGAUUGAUCGUCGAUGCGGCGGUUGAGCUUGCGUCGCAGGGUCAUAAAGUUCAUGUCUUCACCUCUCACCACGAUAAAUCUCGAUGCUUCGAAGAAACUCUCUCUGGCAUCUUUCAAGUUACGGUGUAUGGUUCGUUCCUGCCACGGCAUAUUUUCUACCGUCUACACGCAGUCUGUGCAUAUUUGAGGUGCUUGUUUGUUGCUCUUUGUGUUCUCUUGGGAUGGUCUCCGUUCGAUGUUAUACUUGCAGACCAGGUCUCAGUCGUAGUCCCAUUGCUGAAACUCAAAAGAUCAUCAAAGGUUGUUUUCUACUGCCAUUUCCCUGAUCUCUUGCUAGCUAAGCAUACAACUGCUCUCAGGAGGAUGUAUCGGAAACCCAUUGACUUUAUCGAAGAACAAACCACAGGAAUGGCUGAUAUGAUCCUUGUUAACAGCAAAUUCACUGCAUCAACAUUUGCAAAGACGUUCAAGAGUCUUCAUGCACGAGGAUGUCGCCCGGCUGUUCUUUACCCAGCAGUCAAUAUCGAACAGUUCGAUGAACCGCAUGCUUAUAAGUUGAAUUUCCUCUCCAUCAACCGCUUUGAGAGGAAAAAGAACAUCGAUCUAGCCGUUUCAGCUUUUGCUAUACUAUGCAAACGUAAGGAAAAUCUGAGUGAUGUUACUCUCACCAUUGCAGGCGGAUAUGACGAACGAUUGAAGGAGAAUAGAGAGUACUUGGAGGAGCUGAAAAGCUUAGCCGAGAAAGAAGGAGUUUUUGAUCGAGUAAACUUCAUCACAUCUUGUUCAACCGCUGAAAGAAACGAACUUCUCUCGAGCUGCUUGUGCGUUCUCUACACACCAACGGAUGAACAUUUCGGCAUUGUUCCAUUAGAAGCAAUGGCUGCAUACAAACCCGUGAUAGCCUGCAACAGCGGUGGCCCCGUGGAGACGGUGAAGAAUGGACUAACCGGCUAUCUCUGUGAACCGACUCCAGAAGAUUUCAGUUCGGCGAUGGCUAGAUUCAUCGAGAAUCCGGAGUUGGCGAAUAGAAUGGGAGCUGAAGCCAGGAAGCACGUUGUUGAAUCCUUCUCUGUGAAGACGUUUGGAGAGAAGUUGAAUCAGUAUCUCGUCGAGGUUGUAUCAAGUCCUAAAGAAGAUUGA